UUUCGGCAAGAAAAAGUCUUGAAAUUUUAUAAAAUUUUAUAAAAAAAUUAUCUUCAAUAAUGAUGAUAGACUAUAAAAAAAAUUAAUGUGAAAAAUAUAUAAUCGAAUCCUCAUAAGUAUAAGGCGAAAGAAAUUUGAAAAAAGGAGGGAGCUAAAUUUGAGAUUAGUAGGAUUUAACUAAGAAAGAAAAAGGAAGAGACAAAUUUGAAUAUUUGAAAGGAAGAAAGGUUAAAUAUAUGUAUAUUAGUUGGAGCAUGGUCCAUGAAAUCGUACUGGAAAAGUCAGUGACAUGUUUUUUUUUAAAUAUUUUAUGAUAAAAUCGUGGUUUAACCGUCGUUCAACCGUUAGACCGUUAAAUACCACUUACCGGUUUAGCCUCCGAUACUGGUAUUUCGUGGUUGAAACACUAGUACGAUACGGUUUCAUUCACUUUGUGUUGGAGUUAGGUGGGAAAACCUGAUUAAAAUCUAGACAGGCAGCACGCAUCAGUCGAAUAUGCAAGUCAAACCGAAGGAAGCCACUGACAGGAGUUUCUGUGCUGGAGGCAGAGAAGAGAAAGAAGACGCACAUCAGAUUACAUUCAGCCGUCAAAAAUUCGCGACAAGCUGUGCUGUGCUGUGGUGGUUUCUUUCUUUUAGUAUUUCAGGAAGCAGCGGCAGCCGGCGACGGCAGAGAGAGGGAUGAGAGAAUCUCAAUAAGCUUUUCCUUGGCGUUUCCUCUUGUUUUUCACUACCGCCUCUCUCCAGUUUCUCUCUGGUUCGUCUCUCUUGGAUCUCUCCCCAACCCAUCUUUCUAACUUUUCCAAAGCUUGAAUCUUUCGUGUCCUUGAUCCUCCAUCAGCAUUGGGUUUAAGAAUUCCGGCUGCAAUUCGUUCCCCGAUCCGAUUCUCAGUUGCCAUUUAGCUCGCUGAUUUCGAACUGCACUUUGAACUAAAUUGCCGUGAAUUAGCUGUUUAGGGUCGCUCAUUUUGAUCUUCGGUUGUCUGUAAAUUUCCAAGCUUAAGUUCUUUCGAAAUGGGGAUGAUGGACUAUUGCAAGUACAGAUCAAGAACUAGGGAUUAGGUUAGUUGGAUAAGACUUCUGAAGAUCUUUUUAUUCUAGGUAAACUGUACGAUAAGAAGUUCUUGCUGUGUGAUCUUCGUUUCUUUGGGUGUAUGCUAAUGGGACUGAUUUCUCAGUUGUUUUUUUUUAACCAAGACUGAUUUCUCAGCCUUAAUUGAGCUUUUCUCCAUAUCUCUGAUUGUUGUUCUUUCUUCUUGGUUUACAGAUCUGUGAUCGACGAGGUUAUGUUUUUUCUGCAGGAAAACAAUGGCUUUAAAAUUGUAUGCAGGGUAUCCAGGAAACAAAAAUGCAAACAAGGCACUUAUUGUUGCAGAAUACUCUGGUGUGAAGAUUUCUGUCGUCGAGAAUUUUGAAAUGGGUGUCACAAAUAAGACUCCUGAAUUUCUCAAGAUGAACCCCAUUGGAAAAACACCAGUCUUGGAGACACCGGAGGGUUCUAUCUUUGAGAGCAAUGCCAUUGCUCGAUAUGUUGCAAAGCUGAAGGUUGGCAACCCUCUCUUUGGUUCUUCUGCAAUUGAACACGGCCAGAUUGAGCAAUGGAUUGACUUCUCAUCUUUGGAGAUUAAUGCCAACCUAAUGAGUUACUUUAAAGCUAGAAUGGGACGGACUCCUUAUUUCCCUGUUGUUGAGGAAGCUACAAUGGCUGCAUUGAAGAGAGGUUUCGAAGCAUUGAACACUCAUCUUGCCUCAAGCACCUAUUUGGUUGGGCACUCUAUCACUUUGGCUGACAUUGUCAUGACGUGUAAUCUGUACAUGGGAUUCGUCAGAAUCUUGCCUAAGAGCUUUACCUCGGAAUUCUCUUAUGUUGAGAGAUACUUCUGGACCAUUGUCAAUCAACCCAAUAUUAAGAAGAUUUUUGGUGAUGUCAAGCAAACUGAUUUUGUUCCUCCUAUUGAGUCCGCCAAGAAGCCUGGUCAGCAAAAGGAGAAGGCAAAGCCCGAAGAGGCAUCAAAGAAAGAAGCGAAAAAGGAGGAGCCAGUUACUGAGGUGGAAGAAGAAGCACCUAAGCCCAAAGCCAAGAAUCCUCUUGAUUUGUUGCCUCCAAGUAAGAUGAUUUUGGAUGACUGGAAGAGGCUCUACUCCAAUACCAAGUAUAACUUCCGUGAGGUCGCCAUUAAAGGCUUCUGGGACAUGUAUGACCCUGAGGGCUAUUCACUGUGGUUCUGUGACUAUAAGUACAAUGACGAGAAUACCGUGUCAUUCGUUACUCUGAACAAGGUCGGCGGGUUUCUCCAGAGGAUGGAUUUGGCCAGGAAGUAUGCAUUUGGGAAGAUGCUGAUCAUCGGCGGGCAGCCACCAUUCAAGGUGAAGGGUCUGUGGCUCUUCCGUGGGCAAGAGAUCCCUCAGUUCAUCGUUGACGAGUGCUAUGACAUGGAGCUGUACGAGUGGGCGAAAGUAGACAUCACCGAUGAAGCCCAGAAGGAGCGUGCUAGCCAGAUGAUUGAAGACUUCGAGCCAUUCGAUGGAGAGCCUCUGUUGGAUGCCAAGUGCUUCAAAUAGAAGGCGUGGACGAGCUAACAAGGCUGGAAUCAAGUGGGUAAAGAAUUCAUCUUUUUCGUCACAGGUUCUCUUGUUGGUCAGAUGCUAAUAUGUUGUGGUUAAGAAAUCCCUUGCUCAUUU